AUGCUAGACGGGGGACAAGAGGGAGGGCUAGAGGGGGGACAAGAGGGAGGGCUAGACAGAGGGAUAGAGGGAGGACUACAGGAAGGUCUAGAGGGUGGUCUAGACAGAGGGAUAGAGGGAGGACUACAGGAAGGUCUAGAGGGUGGUCUAGACGGAGGGAUAGAGGGAGGACUACAGGAAGGUCUAGAGGGUGGUCUAGACGGAGGGAUAGAGGGAGGACUACAGGAAGGUCUGGAGGGUGGUCUAGAAGGAGGGAUGGAGGGAGGACUACAGGAAGGUCUGGAGGGUGGUCUAGAAGGAGGGAUGGAGGGAGGACUACAGGAAGGUCUAGAGGGUGGUCUAGACGGAGGGAUAGAGGGAGGACUACAGGAAGGUCUAGAGGGUGGUCUAGACGGAGGGAUAGAGGGAGGACUACAGGAAGGUCUGGAGGGUGGUCUAGAAGGAGGGAUGGAGGGAGGACUACAGGAAGGUCUGGAGGGUGGUCUAGAAGGAGGGAUGGAGGGAGGGCUACAGGAAGGUCUGGAGGGUGGUCUAGAAGGAGGGAUGGAGGGAGGACUACAGGAAGGUCUAGAGGGUGGUCUAGACGGAGGGAUAGAGGGAGGACUACAGGAAGGUCUGGAGGGUGGUCUAGAAGGAGGGAUGGAGGGAGGGCUACAGGAAGGUCUGGAGGGUGGUCUAGAAGGAGGGAUGGAGGGAGGACUACAGGAAGGUCUAGAGGGUGGUCUAGACGGAGGGAUAGAGGGAGGACUACAGGAAGGUCUAGAGGGUGGUCUAGACGGAGGGAUAGAGGGAGGACUACAGGAAGGUCUGGAGGGUGGUCUAGAAGGAGGGAUGGAGGGAGGACUACAGGAAGGUCUGGAGGGUGGUCUAGAAGGAGGGAUGGAGGGAGGGCUACAGGAAGGUCUGGAGGGUGGUUUAGAAGGAGGAAUGGAGGGAGGGCUAAAGGGAGGGCAAGAGGGUGGUCCAGAAUGA